GUGAGAGCGCAGCUGCCGCAGUCCAGAGUUCAAACAGCCGCACUUCACUUUCUUUUCAGCGCAGAAAGCAGAUCAGACCUGAAACCCGCCACUUCUUCUUCUUCUUCUGCCACUUUUUCUACUUUUCCUUCUUCUUCUCUCCUCGCUGCGGUUCGUUUUUUGUUCCUCCGCAUUAUUUUGGUUUUAUUUUUGGCGCAGAUCAGCGAGCAUCGGGCCAGCGGCGCUCAGACAUGUUGCGGUUGUUCCUUCUCCUGCUGGCGGUGCCGGUGCAGACGGUUCGGUCCACCAAGGCCGUGUUCGAGCUGAAGGUCCAGACCUUCAGCAGCUCCCGCAGCAUCUGCGACCAGAACCGGGACUGCCGCAUCUUUUUCCGCAUGUGCCUCAAACAUUCGCAGAGCGUCAUCAGCCCGGAGCCGCCGUGCACGUACGGGAACGCGAGCAGCGCCGCGCUCCCCGCGGACCCCGGCUCCAUCUCCGGGAGCGCGCCCAUGAAGGUGAACGUCUCCUUCAAGUGGCCGGGCUCCUUCUCGCUGAUCCUGGAGGUUUGGACCUCAGACUCCUCAGGUGGAAAGUCCACAGGCGACCGGCCGCGGCUGCUGAGCCGGGCGUCCCGCCUCGGCAGCCAGGCGGUCGGGGAGGAGUGGUCGCAGCAGCUCCACCAGGGCAACCAGAGCGAGUUGAGCUUCUCCUACCGGGUGGUGUGCAUGGAGAAUUACCACGGCGAUGACUGCUCCACCCUGUGCCGGCCGCGCAGCGACGACUUCGGCCAUUACCGCUGCGACGCCCAGGGCCGGCGCCGCUGCCUGGAGGGCUGGGAGGGCAACUACUGCACCGAGCCCAUCUGUGCAGGCGGCUGCGGCGGGCACCGCGGCGUGUGCGAGGCGCCUGAACGCUGCCGGUGUAACGUGGGCUGGGAGGGGCAGCGCUGCGACAGCUGCAAGCGGCAUCCCGGCUGCCUGCACGGCACCUGCCAGCUGCCCUGGGAGUGCAGCUGCAAUGAGGGCUGGGGAGGCCUGUACUGCAACCAAGACCUCAACUACUGCACCAACCACCGGCCGUGCCAGAACCAAGCGUCCUGCACCAACACCGGCGAAGGCAGCUACACCUGCAGCUGCCGACCCGGCUUCUCCGGCGUCGACUGCGAGAUCGAGACCAAUGAGUGUGACAGCACCCCCUGCAGGAACGGAGGAAGCUGCACAGAUCUGUUGGACGGGUAUUCCUGCGCGUGUCCUCAGGGUUUCUACGGAAGGGACUGUGAGAUCAGCGCCAUGCGGUGCGCAGACGGGCCGUGCUUCAACGGGGGAACCUGCCUGGAGGCCGUUGGCGGCGGCUACAGCUGCCGCUGCCCGGACGGCUUCACCGGCUCCAACUGCGAGAAGCGGCUGGACCAAUGCAGCAGCGGGCCCUGCGCUAACGGUGCGCGGUGUCUGGACCUCGGUAGCCGGGUCGUGUGCCAGUGUCGCUCGGGCUUCACCGGGACUCUCUGCGAGACCAACAUCGACGACUGUGCCGGCAACCCCUGCCGCAACGCCGGCACCUGCCUGGAUGGCAUCAAUGACUUCAGCUGCUCUUGCACCCUGGGCUUCUCUGGCAAGGACUGCUCGGCGCGCACCAGUCCCUGCGACUUCUUCCCCUGCAACAACGGGGGAAGGUGUUACACCCACUUCUCCGGCCCCGUGUGCCAGUGUCCGCCGGGCUUCAUGGGCGCUCGCUGUGAGUACUCCUUCAGCAUUCCCUCCCCAAGACCUCCAGAUGGCAGCGACGCCUCUCCGGCGCUGAUUGCCGCCGUCGCACUCGGCCUGGUGACUCUGUCGCUCCUGGUGUGCGCCGCCAUCCACGUCCUGCGUCAGCUGCGCCGGGGCAGGAAGCUGGCAGUCAUGUCCAGGUCCGUCAAGAAUGACCUGGAGACGGUGAACAACCGCAGCGCUGUGAUCGGCGGAGGCGUCCCCAACAACGGGAGCCUGGCGGGGGCACCGGUGUGCAGCCUGAAGGAGAAGGAGGCCUUUCUUCUCCCUGGGGGUUCAUAUAAAGUGUCCAACAAAAACGCAGCGCUGGCAGAGAAGAGCAGCGACAACGGGUCCAUGAUCAAAAACAAAAUGGCCGACUGUAACCUGGCCAAAGAGGAGCAGCGCCUGGAGAAGAACAAGUUUGAUCCUCAGAAACAUGACUCCUCCAUCGCCGUCCCUCCUCUCAGUUUUGUGAAGGACAGUCUGUAUCAGCCGGUGUUCAUCGUCCCUGAGCCCAUGGAGCAGCGAGUGUUUGCCACAGAGGUGAGGCUCUAACCAGGAGUUUAUCGACCAAUCAGCAGCUGGAAGGACGCAGGUUUGAACCCUGAAGCUCAGAAUCAGUUUUAUUGGCCAAAAUUGUGGCACAAGACAGAAUCUGACUUGAGUUUUCAACGACUCACAGACAUAAUGCAUAGAGAUAAAAAACUCUAGAGGAAAUAAAAUACAAAGUUGAAGGGAAAAUGUGUGCAGGUGUGUGCAUUCACCUUUAAUUAGAAAGAAUAAGAAAAAGGAAAGUUGUUUGAUGUCUGAGUCCUCUGGCUGUUCGGUUUUCACCAGAGAGACGGCCGGGACGUCUGGGUCCCUGGGUGGUCUGGGAAGAGGUCCGGACCGGUCUGGGAAGAGGUCCGGACCGGUCUGGGAAGAGGUCCGGACUGGUCUGGGAAGAGGUCCGGACUGGUCUGGGAAGAGGUCCGGACCCAGUGGGAGGAUCUGCUGAUGUCCUUCAGAUGCUUCCUCACCGGCUGCCCAGACUUGUUCUUUAAGGCUGCGGGGUUUUGUUGGAGACGAUGGCGGGUCAGUAGAAGCGGGAGCGACCUGGACACAGACCAGACUGAUGAAGAGUGAUGAAGAGCGAUGAAGAGCGAUGAAGAGCGGGCUGAAGCAGGCCGUGUCGGCUCUCUGGCAGACAGGAGGAAACACUGGAGGUUUCCUGGUCUUCUGACGCUGAAACAGGCUGUUAGUGUGAUCCUGAGAUCUUUAGUGCCAGCAGAGGGUCAAAGGGUCAAAGGGUCAGAGGGGACAGCGCCGGGGGUUCUGGUGGUCCAUUUGUCUGGGAGUGGGUGAAUGUGUUGGAGGUUUCAAACCAGUAGAACGAAGGUAAAAAGGUCAAGUUUCAGGGUCAUCAGCCAGUCUGGUGUUGGGCUCCUUCAGGCUGCUUCAACUCGACACAGCGCCUCACUCAGUUUGUUCCACAGGGCCCGGCUCUGAGGGGCCCGGUUCUGAGGGGCCUGGUUCUGAGGGGCCCGGUUCGGUCCUACAGGGCCGGUUCCAUCCACCGUUUCUAACACAGCACCUCAAAAUGUGCACAAAAAUCAUCGACGUAAACACGGCGAAUGAUCAGAGACUCUUAGCUGCAUGAAGGACAGAAUCCAUCCAGAUGGUGACUCGGUGGGACUCGGUGACUCGGUGGGACUCGGUGACUCAGUGUCUUGGAGGGAUUCUCCCAGUUAAAUUCACAGGAAUAAUAAUAAUAGUCUAAAAGCUUCUUGUUGGUGUUUGGUCACAUCUGGACUUUGGACCUGUUGGGACGAGACUUUGUUGUUGUCAGUUUUUGUUGUUGUCAGUUUUUGUCGGGUCUUGCAGGAAGAAUCCAAGAUGGCCGCCGAGGUGCUUUGCUGUUGUGUUUUUAUAUAAAAGUGGAUCAGAAGUUUGUGCAAAAAAUCCUGAAUAAAGUUCAUUCUGAUUCUGAGUACAGGAACAAACCUGCCUUCACAAUAAAAGCCCCAGAGAUGGUCGAUCAUUAUUUAUUUUAAAUAUAAUGCGACUCGUAGCACCGCAGAGAUUAAAGAGGAAACAUCAGGAUGAGUUCAUUUGGUUCCGUUUGGCUCCUUGCUGCAGCAGGAUUCCGUCUCACGUUUUAUUUCUACCGGCAGUAAAAACAAAUAAUCAUCUGAGAUUCUCCACUGACCCUCACUGACCUCUGCAGGGCAGAAAGCAGGCAGGAAAUCUGCUAGUUAGCUUGUGUCUGUGCUCCAGUGAGCGGGUCGGCUCAGUCCGGGUGCAGGUCCGGUCCAGUUAGGGCGGAGCGGCUGGCGUCACAGAACACGGCCCGAUGACGGGGACGAAGAAACGUCACGGCUUUCAGGUAGCAGGAGAAUCCGACGCCUGGGUGGAGGUUUGGGUUUAACCCCUGGCUGAAUGUGGACCGAACCGAACCACGGCGACCCGCCGCACCGUUCAGUGGAAAAGAGGAUCAGAUGUCUCAAAGUAAAAUCUCUACAGGGGAUCCGUUCCACCUCCAGCCUGCCAGGUUUUGAUCGGGUUUCAGCUGAAGUUCAGCAGAAUUCUUCCUGCAUCCUGGCUGGCCCGGUUCAGGGUUCUGAUGUUCCUGGUCCCGGCCGGCCCGGUUCAGGGUUCUGAUGUUCCUGGUCCCAGCCGGCCCGGUUCAGGGUUCUGAUGUUUCUGCUGCAGUUGUUGUAGAAAUGCUGUUUACGGCCGUCGACCGGCUCGGUCCGCUCCUCUUUUGAAGUUCUUGUCUUUCAGCAGAGAACCUCCUCCGUCUUUAAAGAGUUUUAUUUUAUUUUUUCUGCGGUUGUGUUCAGGCUUGCAGCUCUGGAUGUUUCUGUUCGCUUCCAGAGCGCCACACGGCGGAAAGUCUCUGAAAACGGAUCAUGUUUCGUCUUCGGUGCCAAACUCAGGCAGCGAAACGACGGACAGAAAAACGAAACGAGCCACUUAAAAUUCCUGCUGCAACAUCUGCAGCUUGAACUUGAGUUCAGUGAAAAUUAAACCAUAGAAAUGAAAAUUCAUCCAGUUACUGGCGGAGCAGCAGAAAUCUGUCUUCAUUACUUCACCUGAAAAAAGGCUGAAGAGCUCAUCAGAACCCGUCCUUGGUUCUGAUGAGCUGGGCCACCGACGGAUCUGAAAGUUGCAGGACGGAGUUGCCUGAUGUUUGGUCGUUGCAGUGAAACUUUGUCCUUUUUAUGUUUCCAACAAUCAGCCAGUUGUGUCCAAACUUUCGUUCCGUCGUCCAUAUAUGGACUCACUUCCUGUUUGUCGGACAGGCCAGGCGAUGAAUUACUGAUGCGUCUCAUCUUUAUGUGAUGAGAGGUCAAAGGUCAGCAGGUCAGAUGAACCGUCUGAGUUCAUUUUCUGGUCUCUUCGCUUUGAAAAAUGUUCCCUGAUUUCAAACUUUCCACUGCAGAUAAAAAGUCAAAUGUAUCCAUGUGAUGACAUCAUGUGGUUUCUCAGUUCUGCUUGUUGAAUAUUAAUGAAACUGUUAGUGUUAGCGUUAGCGUCAGGAUGCUCAGCCUGUCAGGAUCAACUCUUACCUGAACGUCCACCGAUCUCCGUUUCUGGGUGCUGAGAGUUUUCAUGAAUAAUUCAGAUAAUAAUAAAGCAAUAAAAUUUCAUGUAUAGUUUAAAUAAAUCACCUUUAAUUUACUCAACAUGUUAUUUUAUGCUCCCAUUUCCAUGAACUAACAAUCCUUAUGAAAUAAAAACAUUUCCUUCCAGGAGAUUUUGGGUAGAAAAUGUUUGAAAUCUGAAAGCAGGUGAAACUUUCGCCUGGUUGGAAGGAAACGAUCCGGUUUCUAUCAGUAGAGUUGAUUUAACAGAUCUAAGACUCAAAUAUCUAUAAAUAUGUGGAUAUUUGGGGUUUUCUCCUGAUGGUUCUGCUGAUCCAUGUCAGACUGAUGCCAGUGACUUUAACAGAACUUUUAUAGGUUGUUAAAAGAACAGCUUGAUUAUGUUACUGAACUGAUUAGACGCAGCAGGUAAGUGUUUAAACUUCUCCUCUUCGGUCCGACCUGCAUGCUGCUCGUCCCUUUCUGUGUCUGACGCUCCGCUGCUGCCUUCAUGAACAAAAUGAAACCAACAUCUGUGACUGGCCACAACAAAACCAGGAACAAGUGAGACCCACGUAUGGAGGCCUCAGUCCUCGUGACGGUGGUCGCAGGUUCGAUUCCCGGCCAGCGACAUUUGCCGCGUGUCUACCCCGUCUCUCAUUUCCCUCUUUCCUGUCAAACUACUUUCAAACAAAAGCCUAAAAAAACAAACUGAAAAGUAUUCCUGCAGGCAUGAAUGAAUGAAAGUUACAGACGUUGUGGUGGAGGUGAAGUGGAUCCACAGCCUCCAUUCAGACAUGCAGCCACUGAACUGAAACCACUAACAAAACACCAGUAAGGCCCAGUUUGUUCAUCAGCUCAAGGUUUCAACAUUUCCUAAAUCUUAAAUGCUGGUUCAGAUUUACUGUCCAGUAAAUUCAGAGUUUUCCGUUUGAAACCUCAGAAGUUUAAUUAAGAUCUCAACUUGAAAUCAUAAAUAAACAACAAAGCUCAGGAUUUUCUCAUGAAUCCACGUUUUUCCUGUUUUCUGUGUUUCUGUUCCUGGUUUUGUUCCACAUAAUGUCCCACUGAAUGGAAACUUCAGACUCUUUAUGUUGAAGACAAGACCAUCAUCAGCGUAGAGCCUGAUGUUUUCUAAAAGCUUUGCUCUGGACACAGCAACAAACCCGCAGUGUUAACCUCACAGUGGUUCUGAUAAAUUCUUUAUAAUUAUCUCGUUACCGGAGGAACCGCUCCUGGAUCCGACCCGACCCAUCGGUACCAUCAGCAGCUUUCAGGAAAUGUGCAGAACCUCUUGGGUUCUUUUCUAGUUUCUAUUUUUUCCUUGAUGUAAAUUGACUUUAUAUUUAACUAAACCUUCUAAGGAUGCCACAUUAAUUUAGAUUAGCAUAAAGUAUCCUCAUAUUAAACAAGUUAAUAAUUAAAUAGAAAUGUUUACCAGCAGAACAUUUAGUUUGUCUGCAGAUUGAGUCCAGCUGAUCCCAGCAUGAUGCUGCCACCGUUAGGAAACCUGAAAUCUGUGUUUCAUAACCAGCCUCUGUUUUUUCCUGUCAGGUGUUUCGAUCUGCACAUCGUCAGCAUCAAUGGUGGAUUUUCAUGAUUUAUUUCAACCAGAAUCUAGUAAUCAUACAGCUGUAAUUAGAAAACAAAUAUUAGAAAGAUUUGAAAUUACUGCUAAUUUCUUCUUUGAAUCAAACCUUAAAUUGCAUCUUAAUUGUUCCAGAAACUCGGUGAUCCUUCACCAUCCAUUCCUGCAGCAGUUAAGACGAGAGCUGGGCGUUAGCGAUAGCGUUCUCUUUUAAAUUCUCUCCACUUCAUGCAAAACUUUACAUGUUAGGAGAAAAACAGUAAAUUCAAACUUGUGAGCCAAAUUUUAAGCGGUGAGCACCGCUAGCUAAAAAGCUAGCUGUGCUAGCCCUAAAGCACUAAUCAUAAACAUUAUAUUUGCUAAUGCUAAGGUAUUAUACCAACAUAGUUUAGUGGAAGCUAAUGCUAAAGCACGAAUUCCUAUCAUGUUGAUACAGCAUGGCACAAAGUCCUCAACAGUCAGCUGACCUUUCACCCACAGCUUCAGCUUCAUAGCUGAUGAGUUUUGCAUGAAGGACAUCAGUAGAUUUUUAAGUUCUUACUGUAGAACAGCAAUGCAUUCUGGGUACAGAGUACAUGUCUAACUACUUGAAGAAUUCAUAAGACAAUAACCAAAACUUCAACACAGAUUAUCAACUUCAUUCAACUGAAAACAGCCGAGUAAAUUAGUGCUUUAGAGUUUAUCUGGUUGAAUUAUCUCGGGGGAAGCUAAGUGUGCUAAACGUUUUCAAAGUUAGCAAAGAAGCUAAAGUGCUAAACAAAACCUGUUUGAUGUCUCGUUGUUUCAUGUAAAGUCAGAGCUCUAAAAGGUCUUUCAAAUAUUUAUCCCAACACUUCAUCAUAGGUUAUGGUUGUUAACCGUCGAACGUGUUUUCUUUGUUUUUAACGGCGUCACACAGACUUUAAAGGUUUUCUCUCUUUCUGCUGCUCAAAGGUGCGGCUCAGUUCCAGGAACUAGUCCCAGCCAUCCUGACUAAACCUUCUAUUAAAAUGUUUCUUUAAUGAAUGUCAGAUCUCAUAACCUUUUGCUCUUUGUUUUUACUGAAAAAUCCAAUUAUUAAACAAACAGGAAGCUGCAGAUUGUGGAGACGUUGAGUCCAGAAGCCGUUCACAACGUGGUCGUUUUCUUCACUUAUUCAGCUUGUUCUAACUUUAGUUUGGUUUUUUAAAUAUACGUUAUUCUAAUCUGCCCGUUAUCGGCUCCAAAUCCCCAGUUUAUGUCUGUUUUUUAGAUUUGAGGGUGAAAAGGUCAUCCUGUACGCGGAUGACUAACUGCUGUUUCUGUGUCUUGUUCUCAGGUAUAGCCUUGAGUUUUCAGACCACCAGCAGAGGAGCUUUCACGCUGGAGGGCCUGAAACGUUUCAGUCCUGGACAGAACAGCCAGAGGAUCUAUUCUACACACACGGUUUUAUUUAA